AACUUAUUGGUUAGAUCGUGUUGGAUAUUUUAUUAAUAGUUUUUAGCUUAGUGUUUGGUAUAUUAGUAGUAGUAAUUAGUGUAUUAUUAAGACAUUUAGUGUAUCUCUAGUGCGUUAAGUUAAGUCAUUAGUUAUUUAACAAUAUGCCUCAUAAAAAGAUAGAAAUCAAAGGGCUGGGAUUGAAUAGCCAAGCAAAGGCAAUCAUUUAUAAUGUUACUACAUUUAUGGAACAAGAGGCAGCACAUUUCAAAACAACCGAAAACCUGUUAAUACCUUUAAGUAAAUUGACGGAUAGGAUUCUAGCAGCGACGGGUAUAAGCAAAAACACCUUAACCAAAAUAAGAAAAGAAGGUAGAGACGUAAAUAAAAAUGGAGCGACUAGUUUUUCUUUUAAAAGUCCAAAAAGAAAACGUUGUCGUUCCAAAAAAAUUGAAUUGAGCAGUGGACAAGUGAAAGCCAUCAAAAAUAUUAUAUACGACUUCUACACCAUUGAGAAAAGAUCCCCUACAAUUAAUGGUAUCUAUCAAAAACUAAAGAACAAACAAAUGGAAUUUACAGGGUCAAAGGAAACAUUAAGGAAAACGAUAAUUGGAUUAGGCUUUAGGUAACAUGGUAAAAGUAAUUAUUCAGCUUAAAAAAUAAAAUUGUAUAAUGAAUAAUGUAUUUUAAAUUGAUAUUUUGUUGACAUCGUUUUAGUUCAAUUUUUUACAAUUUACAGUUAUGAAGAAUGUUUUUUCAAAAGUACCAAGUAUUUAUAAUCGAUAAUUUGUUUAGAUUUCGAUUUCCGAAAAACUGUAAACAAAAAAUAAAUCUCUCCAAGGUUACAUACGAUUCUACAUAAUUUUUAUUUUUCUCAAAUGAAUUGUUCUCACGUCUGUAUCUUUUGAUACAUUUAAAAUUUAAACCAUCAUACUUUUGAAAAGAUAUCUUAGAACCAUCCGAAGAAUCAUAAUUAAAACUUUGUUUAGAAUCAUUGUUUAGAAAAUAUAUACAUUAGAAUUAGUAAAAAUAAACACUUGUUUAAUUUUUUUUAUAGUUGAAAUCCUUCCUUCCU